ACCGAGAGUGAGCGAGCGAGUGGCGGGGACGGAAGGGAAGGCAGAGCGAGGAGAGGGGGAGCACAUGUGUAUGCUUGUCACUGAGGGAGGUGAGGUAGUUGGCCGCGGCCGCCAUAUGCUGACUGGAUUGUUGUUCAUAUGCGCUGCGUGAAGACUUGCAUGGGGAACACGUCAUGGGAAGCUCACAUCUCCUCAACAAAGGCAUGCCUCUAGGCAUCAGACCGCCGAUCAUGAACGGGCCCAUGCACCCGCGGCCGUUGGUGGCUUUGCUGGACGGGCGUGACUGCACUGUGGAGAUGCCCAUUCUGAAAGAUGUCGCGACCGUGGCGUUCUGCGACGCUCAGUCCACACAGGAGAUCCACGAGAAGGUGCUAAAUGAAGCUGUGGGAGCGCUGAUGUACCACACCAUCACUCUGAUGAGAGAAGACCUGGAGAAGUUCAAAGCGCUCCGCAUAAUCGUGCGCAUCGGCAGCGGCUACGACAACAUCGAUAUCAAAUCCGCUGGCGAACUCGGAAUAGCUGUUUGUAACAUGCCGGCGGCCUCCGUGGAGGAGACGGCCGACUCCACGCUGUGCCACAUCCUCACCUUGUACCGACGCACCACAUGGCUGCAUCAGGCCCUGCGAGAAGGAACACGGGUUCAAAGCGUGGAGCAAAUACGCGAGGUGGCUUCAGGAGCUGCGAGGAUCCGAGGGGAGACACUGGGACUGAUUGGACUAGGUCGGGUGGGCCAGGCUGUUGCUUUGCGAGCUAAGGCUUUCGGCUUCAACGUCAUUUUCUACGACCCCUAUUUGGCUGAUGGCGUCGAAAGAUCACUGGGCCUUCAAAGGGUCACCACACUACAGGAUCUGCUCUUCCACUCCGAUUGCGUCUCGCUGCACUGCAGCCUGAAUGAACACAACCAUCACCUGAUCAACGACUUCACCAUAAAGCAGAUGCGUCAGGGGGCGUUUCUGGUCAACACAGCCAGGGGGGGUCUGGUGGAUGAGAAGGCCCUCGCUCAAGCCCUGAAGGACGGGAGGAUACGUGGAGCUGCCCUGGACGUUCACGAGACAGAGCCUUUCAGUUUCAGUCAGGGCCCGCUGAAGGAUGCUCCCAAUCUGAUCUCCACUCCUCAUGCUGCCUGGUACAGCGAACAGGCCUCAUUGGAGAUGAGAGAGGAGGCCGCCAGGGAGAUUCGGAGGGCAAUCACAGGCCGUAUUCCAGACAGUCUGAAAAACUGCGUGAAUAAGGAGUUCCUAACUCAGAACAACCACUGGGCAGGAGUGGAUCCAGCUACUGUCCACCCAGAACUCAAUGGCGCCUACAGGUACCCACCAGGGGUUGUGAACUUGCCAACCGGUGGCCUACCGCCUCCCGUUGAAGGCAUCGUGCCCAGCGCUGUGCCCAUCACACACACUUUACCGCCUGCUGUCACACACCCUCCACAUGCACCGUCGCCUGGACAAAACACAGUCAAGCCACCAGAGGGCGACAGAGAACAGCAUCCAAAUGAUCAACUGUAGUUCUCAACCCUUUCAAAGUCAUCACGGCAAGUCCCUACACAUCUAAAUUAAGUGAACAGUUUGAUGUCUAAACAACUACUGAUUCCAAAUGUCGCUUGUUCACACUCCAAAGAGAAAGUAGAAGAUGGUACCAGUCAUGGUCAUAAAAAGGAAAGACUAUUUUGCUCAUUUGGAGAAAAAAAAGAGUAAAUCAGUUGUCUUAAGACUGUGGUAUUUUCAGACUUAGAGGAGCAGGUUUCAUGUCUUUCUAUAUUUUUGUCAUUUCCUUUGUUUGACAAGCAAGCAAAAGUAGUAGGCUAUGAAAUGAAUGUAAGCUGUGUGUGUACAGUUUUUAGACUACCGGUAUUUGUAGUCCAGUAUUGAGAAAGACUAGGCUUCCAAUAUGUGAUCUGCCUCAAUUGGCUUAACCACUUCAAAAUUUUUCUUUCUGCGUUUUCUCCGAAGAGGCAGCUUUAUUUGCACACCAUCUCAGGAAAUUAUGUUUCCGCAGUUUCUCAAAUUGAAGACUUUCAUUUUCUGCCACUUAGUGCUUUUUUUUUGUUCUUCAGACUGCUGGCCUUUUCUUGUCCCACUCCAUGUUGGAAAUCAAACUUGAAGAGCUUAAGUUCAUGCAACGUUUGCUGUAGUUUUUGCGAUGUUUAAGGGGCAUGCAAUUUUCGGACUUGUAAAUGUUCAACACCAACAUUGAGGGCUGGUGAAAUGAAAGACUGUAGAAAGGUGGCAAAAUGGUAUGCUUGGCUGGGCCAACUCCAUCACCGGUAGAAACAUAGUUUUGACACGCUGUGCUGAGAUGCUAUCCUGUAGCAUUUUUUUUUUUUUAAUUGGUAAAAUGUGUACUAUACCUCCUUCCUGUCUUCAUGAUCCCAGAGCUUCCGCAGUGACAUGUAGUAUUCAAUAGAGCAGUGAUUUUCAACCUUUUUUGAGCCACGGCACGUUUUUUUCAUUGGAAAAAUCUUGUGGCGCACCACUAACCAAAAAUGUUCCAAAAUGUCACCACGACCUCACACGUGCAUCAAUAAGUCUACCGGAGGAACAAGGUAGGUGUUACCACACGGACCAAUAUUACAUUGCUCUGCCAGUCUUUACACCACAUGACCAGUUUUUCUCUUUCCGAAUGACCUUUCGGGAAACAAUGGUAUCCAUAGAAAGGAAUAUUCCAAUCUCUUGUCUACAUGCGCUGUGAAAAUCAACCAGAAUAGUCAAUAGGGCAUGCCCAGUAAAACGUAAACAUCAACAUCACGUGAUACCGACUUCCCCAAGUUUUUCUUUCACUUGUCGGAAUAACUCCGUAUUGACAGUUUUUCGUUCGUCCAGUCUUGAAAUUUAGUUUGAAUCAAAAACAAACUUUUCCCAGCAGUCCAGUGCCGAUUGCUCGCCUCCAUUUUUUUAAAUCGAAGAACAUCUCGAGCUGCGUGUUACGUCAUAUCUGAGCAUUCGCAGGGGUCUCAAACUCAAACUCUCUCAAACUUCGUCUGUCCAGUCUUGAAAUUUAGUUUGAAUCAAAAACAAACUUUGCUUAGUCCAGUGCCGAUUGCUGGCCUCCAUUUUUAAAACUGAAGAAGGUCUGGAUCUGCGUGUUACGUCAUAUCUGAGCAUGCGCUGAAAGAACGCACCCGGGAUCAAUUUAAACAGGAAAAGAUCAAAUUCAAUCUUGCUAAUAUUUUAUAAUUAAAUUUAGAAUUAAAUUAAAUUUUAUAAUUAAAUUUAUAAUUAAUUAUUAAUUAAUUUAAAAAUAUAUAAUUAAUUUAUAAUUAAACUCAGGACAUGUUUUAUAUAGAUAUAUAUUUUCUUUUUUAAUAAAACUGCACUUGUGAAUGGCGUAUAGAAGGGUUUAGAUUCAGUUCCACAGAUGGACAACAGAAGAAGAAAAACACCACGAAGAAGAACGCAGUCUGACAACUUUCCGUUUGAGCGGGUACAAGAUACCUCAAUCGGAUUGGUUAAAGGAAUAUUCCAUCCCUGUUCAAUUCUUUCCGUUUGAGCAAAUAAACCAAAGUGAAUUGGAAUAUUUGGGUCCAUGUAUACUAUUGACAUAAUGGCUAUUGACAUAAUAUUUGCAAAUGAUGAUUAAUAAAUGCUAAUUAUAAAAAGUGAUAUUGGCACACCUGACGCUUUCUCAAGGUACACUAGUGUGCCGCGGCACAGCGGUUGAAAAUCACUGCAAUAGAGUGUGACAAGGUUUUGCGCUAAAUCGACAAAUGGUUCACAAACUAAUGGGUGUGUUGCUUCACGUUCUGUUGACGGUUCAGUUUUGACUCCUCUGCUUUCUGACAUCAACUGAGGUGGCAUGGCGAGAUAAUUGUACUAGAGGUUAUCUUCCAACGUGAAGGUUGCUGGUUUCAAUCUCAGUCCUCCUGUGAUUAUGUCGAAGUAUCCGUGGGUAUCCGUGCUUUGAUUCAAUUUACCGUUAUGUUGGUUAUUUUCUUUUAGUCAUUUAUAGAAAAUAAAUGCUUUUUGAAAGUCAAUACUCUAGCAAUCACAAUCCCUUUAACAUUUCAUGAUGGGUCCUUACUAAGUAUACCGUUUAGCCACCGCUGUGCUCUCCGUGUCUCUGUACAUAAUAUGGUGUUCUGCCUGCCUGUGUCAAUGUGACUUGGUUGUAUCUGUGUCUAAAAAGCAGCACUGGGAAAAGAAGUGGUGCAUUGUAUUCUCCUGAAGGCAUCGUAACUAAGACUUCCAUUUGAAUCCAAUAAAAAAUAAUUAUAAUGUAGGGGACUUGAUUAGUCUAUGGUUCAAACCAGGGAUAAGGAACCAACCUCCAGGGUCCCAUUUAAGCCCCACAAGAGCAUUUCAUCACAGCACAUUCUCACGAGCUGUUAUAAAAAGCUCAAAAGAAAUCCAGAAAUGCUCAUAAUCUUCUUUAACUGAGAUUAAGCAGAAAAUAAUAAUACAAAGUUUGUAUUCUUGGAAGAUGGGUCAAGUCACGUUACUUUUAGGACCCCACUCUACCAGUGUCUGAGUAGUGAACAGUCCACUGUUGCCUACCUGUUCUUCUUUAGGGUGAGGUAGUAAUACGUAGCAAUCAGGGAUGGAAAUUUCACAUCCACAUUACUUUUGGGUCUCCUAAAACCUGAGAUUGUGCCAAAACCUCAUCGGAGUGUCUCAAUUAGAUUAGCAUAUCAUUGUAUUUUCGGGACCUUUGGAAUUCCCAAAGGAAUUCUCUGAUAUUAUGAUAUUAUUCGAACCUGACACAUUCCUCACAAGAUGCCUGUCACCAUUCAGAGGAGACACUUUUUAAAGAGAGUGCAUUAUUUCCAUGGCAACCUUCAUGGAAAAUGCUGUCAUCAAGCACAUGAACUCAAAAAUGGCUCCUUGAAAUUCCAUCCCUGGUAGUGACACACAGUCCGCUGUUGCCUACCCUUUUGUCCCUUUUAUGGUUAAGUAGUAGGCGUAGCAAUAUACAGUAUAUAUAUAUUCUAUAUUCUACAGUAAAUAUUAUUUUUGGUCAGACCUGACAAAGAUAUGUUUGUGAUUGUAUGCAUUUGUAUGAAUUAUUUUAAAAGGAAAUAAAACCGUGGAAGAUGAUGCCUUUGA